AUGGUCCCACCAGGAGACGAUGUCUCCUUCGAGGAGCUGCCAUCUCCUCUGAGACCCUGGCGGAAAACUGAUUCGGUGAUCGACCUGCUCAUCAAGUACGCGGUCACGACUGGUCUGGUGUUGUGCUUUGCCGUCGGCACAGCCAUCAUCAUCGCGUUCACCCUACCAGACACCAUGAUAUGGCUCGUGGGAGACGUCGUCAUAAGCAAACUCAAUGCUUGUGUGUUCCUCGUCACGCUGAACGCCCGGCGUACGCUCUUGGCCGAAUUCGACCACGCGGCGGACACUGCGCUGGGAGGCGGACCCCGCUUCGCGAGAUCAAUCGUGUUCCAAACGGUGACCAGUCGUCCCGAGGCCAUGGCCGUGGAGCGCUCCAUGGAAGGCGCACACAUAGAGCUUAGGUCGAUGCGUGCCGGUACUGCAGUCGUCGUGGGUUCAACGGUCCACAGCUCGGAUGUUACAUUCGGAGGGGACGGCAAGGUGUGA